AUGGCUUUCUCCGCUCUUCUCUUGUUGGCAAUUCAGACGACACUGCUCUUCUCGUGUCAAAUCUUUGCCACAGUGCUUACAUCUACAGGUUCGACUGUCGAGAUAGGUGGCAUUCCAUACUAUGUCCCCGGACAGCCAAUCUCGUCUGUGCCGAGCACUUUCUACACUCAACUUCUGACUACAGGCUACUCGGCCGGGUCCCUGUUGACGCCAAUCACGGUCGUCAAAGCACCAGCUGGGCCGUUCAGUGUCAAUGAGCUGCAAAAGACGUUCGACACUUUCGGAGGCGCUGAUGAUGUCUGGACUCCUGAUUUCCUCACAGGCAAGUCGACGAGCUUAGCAAGUCAAUACGAAUCUGCCAUCCCGCCUGGGCCAUAUCUCUUUUCACCGACAGGAGAUUUGUAUCAGCCAUGCCGUCUGUACUCAGACAUUGAGGGUGCUUUCACCCAGGCCACAGUACCCUUCCCUUCCGGAGGCGGUGUCUACUCAGCUCUUCCUGCUACGGUGCCUGGAAUUGACUCUCCUGGCGUCGCUGUCCCUUCCCGGCUCUACUACACCAAAACGCCUGACAAGCCCCUAGCAGGCGUACGAACGGGUAUCAAAGACAUCUACGAUAUUAGUGGUCUCCAAACCAGCGAUGGUAAUCGCGCAUACUACGCCCUCUAUCCGCCAAGAAACGAGACUGCGCUGGUAGUGCAGCGCCUUAUUGACGCUGGAGCGAUUAUUGUAGGAAAGAUGAAAACAAGCCAAUUUGCUAACGGUGAGACCGCAACGGCUGACUGGGUGGAUUAUCACGAACCUUUCAAUCCAAGAGGCGACGGAUAUCAAGACACGUCCUCAUCAUCUUCUGGGCCUGGGAGUGGCGAGGGGAGCUACCCAUGGCUAGAUUUGACGUUAGGUUCCGAUACCGGAGGAAGCAUCCGUGGUCCAAGUCAGGUUCAGGGCAUCUACGGCAACCGCCCUACACACGGACUCGCGCCGCUUACAGGUGUAAUGCCCUUAGCCCCAGAGCUUGAUACCGCUGGAUUCCUAUGCCGCGACCCUACUAUCUGGACAGCAGCAGCCAAAGUGAUCUACACCUCCGCCCUCCCUGACUUCCCCACCACAUACCCGUCCAAACUGCAAACCAUCGGUUUCCCCACCGCCUCCACCGUUCCAGCGGACGACGUGGUCGCGCAAACUAACACCGUCCUCCUCGCCUUCCUCGCAAAACUCGAGGCCUUUCUUGGCACCAAUGCUAUUGCUCUCAAUUACACGAAGCUAUGGGAUCAGACGAAACCUGACGCCGGCUUGCCAGGGCUGAGCGUGCUGUUAAAUCGGACGUACCCGACACUGAUCAGCAAGGAGCAGACGAAGAAUGUGCGCACGCCGUUCUAUGCGGAUUAUGCAGCGAAGCAUGAUGGGAGGUUGCCAUUUGUGGAUCCUGUGCCACGCGCACGCUGGGCCUUUGGCGACUCCCUCCCCGCCUCCGAACUCGAUGUCGCUAUUCACAACAAGACCCUUUUCAAGGACUGGUGGGAGUCGCACGUUCUACCGCCCGGAAGCAACGAUUCUGCUACGUGCUCUGAGAGUUUGAUACUCUACACUUCGGGCGUGAAUAUUGUGUACCGCAAUAAGUACCUAAAUUCGCCUGUUCCGCCUUUUGGAUUCGAUGAUAGCCAGAUCUCGAUCUUCGCCGAGGUGCCAGACUUCGUUAUUCCUCCGGCGCGCGGAUGCGACGGCCUCCUCUUCUCUCUCAUCGACGCUCUCUUAGCAGCUAAUAUCAUUACAAUCCCUCAAGCGGGACAGACGGCUAGUGGUGGAGAGAUCUUGGUGAGGGCAUGA